CCAAUCAGGCGUGCCAGAAACGCAUCAUCACAGUCUAUAAAAAUUCUCAAGAGUGGGCCCUUCGAAGCCUCAAAACGGGUUCAAGUUCGACCCGAUAUCCGAUUCCGAGUCCCCCGAAGAAACUAGAAAAGCCUUGCAGUUUUCUUUCUUUUACUAAGUCGGUUCUUCAAAAAAGGAAAAAAUUGGGUUCGUUUCAGAAACUUUUUCCUCUCUUCCUCUUCGCUUAAUCAAUCUUAGCUUCUUCCGCAAAUUUCAGGGUUGACAACAAUAUUUUGUGCAAAAACUUAGCUUAGGAGUUCAAAAUGCUGGCAGAGGGGAUGUUAUUUGAUGCAUAGGGAAUUAUUGUGAAGAGAAAUGGACAAGAUAGAUAACCAUGAGGAUGAAUGUCGGGCUGGAGGUGAACACCAUGGCAAACAAGACGAUGAGGAAGCCGUUGCUCGUAUUGAGGAAAUUAAGAAAUCAAUUGAGGGAAAAAUGGCUCUUCGUCAAACCAAUUUGAAUCCUGAAAGGCCCGAUGCUGGGUUCCUCAGGACAUUGGAUUCCAGCAUUAAGCGCAAUACAGCUGUUAUUAAAAAAUUAAAGCAGAUAAAUGAAGAGCAGAAGGAAGGAAUGAUGGAGGAGCUGCGAAGUGUCAAUUUAAGUAAAUUUGUCAGUGAAGCUGUGACUGCUAUUUGUGAUGCCAAGCUUAAGAGUGCAGAUAUACAAGCUGCAGUUCAGAUCUGCUCUUUGCUUCACCAAAGGUACAAAGAUUUUUCACCAAGUCUGGUACAAGGGCUCCUGAAAGUCUUCUUUCCUGGAAAAUCUGGGGAUGAUUUGGAUGCAGACAGGAACUUGAAGGCAAUGAAGAAGCGUAGCACUUUAAAACUUCUUCUGGAACUUUACUUUGUUGGAGUUAUAGAAGACAAUGGAAUCUUUAUCAAUAUCAUUAAGGAUCUUACUAGCACAGAGCACUUGAAGGACCGAGAUGCUACUCAGACAAAUUUGACUCUUCUUGCUAGUUUUGCUCGACAAGGGCGAGUAUUUCUAGGACUUCCACUUUCUGGUCAAGAAAUUCAAGACGAGUUCUUUAAGGGGCUUAAUAUCACAUUGGAUCAAAAGAAAACUUUUAGGAAGGCAUUUCAUUUAUAUUAUGAAGCUGUCACUGAACUUCUUCAGUCUGAGCAUGCGUCGCUUCGUCAAAUGGAGCAUGAGAAUGCCAAGAUUCUAAAUGCUAAAGGAGAGCUCAGUGAAGAAAAUGCAUCUUCGUAUGAAAAGCUGCGAAAAUCUUAUGAUCAUUUGUACCGCAACGUCUCAUCUUUAGCAGAAGCACUUGAUAUGCAGCCUCCAGUCAUGCCAGAGGAUAGUCACACGACUAGGGUUACUACUGGAGAGGAUGCUUUGUCUCUGGCUACGGGAAAAGAGUCUUCUAACCUUGAAGCUAUAUGGGAUGAUGAAGACACUAGAGCUUUCUAUGAAUGCUUACCAGAUCUCAGAGCUUUUGUACCAGCAGUAUUAUUGGGAGAAGCUGACCCCAAGGUGAUUGAGCAAACAUCAAAGGCACAAGAGCAACUGACUGAAUCCUCUACUGAAGCAGAUCAAAGUAAAUCAGUUGCACAAGAUGCUGUGGAGCCUUCUGUGGACUCUGGCAAUCUGCAAGAAGGGGAAAGUAUAGAGAAAGGGAAGGAUAAGGAAAAGACCAAAGAUCCAGAUAAGGAGAAAGGGAAAGAGAAAGAAAAGGAUACUGAUAAAAAAGGGGAAAAUGAAAAGGAGAAGCUCAAAGGUCUUGAAGGGACCAAUUUGGAUGCUCUACUGCAAAGACUCCCUGGUUGUGUGAGCCGUGACCUUAUUGAUCAACUGACAGUGGAGUUCUGUUAUUUGAAUUCAAAAUCAAAUCGGAAAAGGCUUGUGAGAGCAUUGUUUAAUGUCCCAAGGACGUCUUUGGAGUUGCUGCCAUAUUACUCACGCAUGGUUGCGACGUUGUCAACUUGUAUGAAGGAUGUUCCCUCUAUGCUCUUGCAGAUGUUGGAGGAAGAGUUUAACUUCUUAAUUAAUAAAAAGGAUCAAAUGAACAUUGAAACAAAGAUCCGGAAUAUUAGGUUUAUUGGAGAACUCUGCAAGUUCAAAAUUGCACCAGCUGGCCUUGUCUUCAGCUGUCUGAAGACUUGUUUGGAUGAUUUCACUCAUCAUAACAUUGAUGUCUCUUGCAAUCUUCUUGAGACAUGUGGUCGUUUUCUAUAUCGUUCUCCUGAAACUACCAUAAGAAUGGCUAACAUGUUGGAGAUAUUGAUGCGCUUGAAAAAUGUAAAAAAUUUGGAUCCUCGACAUAGCACACUUGUAGAAAAUGCUUACUACCUAUGCAAACCACCUGAAAGAUCUGCACGGGUCUCUAAAGUCCGUUCUCCAUUGCACCAGUAUAUUAGAAAAUUGCUAUUUACGGACCUUGAUAAGUCUUCCCUUGAGCAUGUGCUGAGGCAACUUCGUAAAUUACCAUGGAGUGAAUGUGAAUCAUACCUCUUAAAGUGCUUCAUGAAGGUCCACAAGGGGAAAUAUGGUCAGAUUCACUUGAUUGCUUCUCUCACUGCUGGUUUGAGUCGCUAUCAUGAUGAUUUUGCUGUUGCUGUAGUCGAUGAGGUUUUGGAGGAGAUUAGGCUUGGCCUGGAAUUGAAUGAUUAUGGGAUGCAGCAGAGACGCAUUGCUCAUAUGCGUUUUCUUGGGGAGCUAUACAACUAUGAGCAUGUUGAUUCUUCUGUCAUCUUUGAAACACUUUAUUUGAUUCUUGUUUUUGGCCAUGAUACAGCCGAGGUAUUGAGUUAUCCCAUUUAUUGUUAUGCCCUUGAUCCACCCGAGGAUUGUUUUCGAAUCAGGAUGGUUAUUACUCUUCUUCAGACAUGUGGGCACUACUUUGACCGUGGUUCUUCCAAGAGAAAACUUGAUCGAUUCUUGAUACACUUUCAGAGGUAUAUUCUUAGCAAGGGUGCAUUACCACUGGAUAUUGAAUUUGACUUGCAGGACUUAUUUGCGGAGUUACGUCCCAACAUGACCCGGUAUUCAUCCAUGGAAGAUGUGAAUACAGCUUUAUUUGAACUUGAGGAACGUGAACGUACUGCUUCAACUGACAAGACAAGUAGUGAGAAGCACUCUGAUACUGAAAAGUCUUCUUGCAGGACAACUGCCAAUUCCAUCUCAUUUGAUCGACCAAGCAUGUUUAAUGGUUCUGAGGAAAAUGGAGUGCAUGAGGAAAUUGGUGACAGUGACAGUGAAUCAGGAAGUGACACCUUUGAACCAGAGGGACAUGAUGAAGAUGAUUUGGAUGAAGGGAAUCAUGAUGAUGGAUGUGAUACCGAUGAGGAGGAUGACGAUGAUGGUGGACCUGCUUCUGAUGAGGAUGAUGAAGUUCAUGUCAGGCAGAAGGUGGCAGAGUUGGAUCCUCUAGAAGUGGCCAAUUUUGACCAGGAGCUCAGGGCUGUAGUGCAGGAGAGCAUGGAGCAACGCAAGUUGGAGCUAAGGGGCCGACCUACAUUAAACAUGAUGAUACCAAUGAAUUUGUUUGAGGGUUCUAUCAAAGAUCAUCAUGGAAGGGUAGUUGGAGGUGAAAGUGGUGAUGAAGCAUUGGAUGAAGAGACCGGAGGAAGCAGAGAGGUACAAGUGAAAGUUCUUGUGAAACGAGGGAACAAACAACAGACCAAGCAAAUGUAUAUUCCUCGUGAUUCUACUCUUGUCCAGAGCACAAAACAGAAAGAAGCAGCUGAGAUUGAAGAGAAACAAGACAUUAAGAGGCUAGUCUUGGAGUAUAAUGACAGGGUAGAGGAGGAGAGUAAUGGGCUUGGAACACAGACAUUGAAUUGGCCAAGUGGAAAUAGCAGAGCUUACGGCCGUGGAAACUCAUGGGAAGGAUCCAGUGGGAGGAGUGGAGGACCACGUCAUCGGCAUCAUAGCCAUUCAGGAAGUGGAGCUUAUUAUGGCAAAAAAAAGUCCGAUUUAAAAUUGAAUUUUCAUAAUACAAUGUUCCCCUGCGACGGCAAUCGUACCUUUCUGCAAGAGGAUUACUGUUUUAUCAAUGUCCUCAUACAUGCAAGGUCAAUGUACAUCUGACCUGAUUUGUUACUGUAGGUAGUGUUAAUUGUCAAUACAUACAAAACUGCGUAUGAUUUUCGAGAUGAUGAACUGAAGACAAGCUUUCUGAGUCCUGUAAUUAUAGUGGUUCCUGUAUUUGCUAUUGUAUAUCGUUUUGAGCCCCCAAGUGAGGGUUAGAAGAAGACUUCUGUUUGAUAUAGAAAUUAUCAGAUGGCACUUAUUUGGUCGGAUGGUGCCUGUUUACCAGAGUUGUACUUCAAUUUAGAACACUUUCUCGAGCACCACCAUGAAAAUCCCUGCUCUGGUUGAUUGGCAGGAUGAUCACUCCAUUAGAUCAGGUGUUUUUGGGUGUCUCUCUUUAGAAGCACUACAUGACGUUAAGUAAACUGGAAUCGAAAAUUUUGCUCAAUUGGAAUAGUUUUCUGGUUGCAAAUUGAACUUGUGCAAAUUCAAUGCUUCCCAUUUUUAGUUACACUAUAUAUCUCUGUUGACAUUCGGGCAUU